CAGAUGAAGACGUGUGUGACCAGAAUCACUCUCCAUCUUCAGUUGGACCUCCUCUGAAGUCUCUGACGCUCAAAGCCAUUCAAGGUGUUGGGUAAGAAAGUCACCAGCUUUUCUCUGAGUGAUGUACAAACUACAGACUUUGUACAAACUGAAAUUUGUUUAGUUGCUCAAAAGACCAAAAAAAAAUUAACCUUCAUCACCAGUGAGGCCACACAAUCAACACAAAGCAAUUAACCAUUUAGAAAAAAAACAAUGUGCAUCCUGUUCAUAAUGUGUUCAAAAAUUCUUCUCUGCAAAAAACAACAAAAAGAUCCAAUAAGAGUUCUGUCAAAGUACCCGAGUGACAUGUAGAUCAGCACCGGAGGAUGGGUCGGGGUUCGGGUUGGUACCCAGUCUGAACACACCUUCAGGAUGAGGGCUGAGCUGAUCAGGAGCUGACUGUUGAUUUGAGAAUGUGUGAGUGUUCAUUGAAUUUCUGUUUUUUUCCACAGCAUCCCAUCAGUCUAUAAAGACAUCAUCACUAAAAGCAGUUCGCUCCGUUCAGGAUCUCCGGCUGUCUACCAGCUGAAACACAAGAAGAAGAAGUCUGGAGCUCUGACAAGAAUAAUUGUUGGUGAGAAAGAUCCUGCAAAGACAAACAGAACCAUCUUACUUGUUGGUGACACAGGAACAGAAAAAUCUACUCUGAUCAAUGCUUUGGUCAACCACACCGUGGGACUGGGGGAGGAGGACGGCGCCUGCGUUCAGAUCGCAAAGGACGAGAGGAAAAGUCAGUCCAAGAGACGCGAUGUGAUCGUGUACCAGAUCUUUGGAUAUGAAGGUAAAACUCUGCCCUGCUCUCUGACCAUCAUCGACACUCCUGGAUGCGGAGCAGCUGGUGGGAUCGAACACGACGCCAUCAUCAGUCAGAGUUUAUAUGAGCUGUUCAGCUCAGAAGAUGAAAUCCAUGAGAUGAACGCAGUGGGUCUGGUGCUGAAAGCAGCUGAGAAUCGAGUGAGUGAUCGACUGCGGUGCAUCUUUGAUUCAGUGUUGUCUGUGUUUGGAAAAGACAUGAAGAAGAAUACCGUCGCCCUCAUCACACACUCCGAUGGAAGAACUCCAAAAAACACUCUGAAAGCCCUCAAGGCUGCAAACAUAAAGUGUGCCAAAGACAAAAAGAAUCAGCCGGUUCACUUCCUGUUUAACUUCCAGGCAGCAGACAAGAUGCAGGACACAGAAGAGCUUCAACAUGCAGAUGCAGCGACAACAGACGGACUGCGUCAGUUCACAGACUUUCUGGAAAAAACUCCACCUCAACAGCUGACGACGACCAUGGAGGUCCUGAGUUCACGCUUCCAACUGACAGCCUGCAUCAAAAACCUGAAAGAGAGAGCUGAAACCAUCCAACUCAAACAGAAGAAGAUCCAACAGGCUCAGGAAGCUCUGAAGAAAAUCAAGCAAGAGAUGAAGAACAGUGGAAAUGUUACUGAAGAGAAGGCUGAGGACAACACAGUUAAAGUACCUGUCAGAGGUGGAAACAGGUGGUGGGGGUGUGGCCUGUUUCACACAGAACCUGACGUCUCCACUGCCAGCAGCAGGGAGCGUCCUGCACCUGCUCCCAUUACUGUGAAGAGGAAGACAAGCACAGUUAAAAAGACCAUAGAAGAAAUGAGAGAGAAGUAUGGAAGAGGGAAAGGAGACUGUGAGAGCCGUCUGGAGAAUCUGGAGAAGGAGAUGGAAGAACUUCAGAAGGAGAAAGAUCAGAUGCUGGAUGAAUCCUUCCAGCAUGUCGCCAACCUGGAGCAGAUCGCUCUGAAUGUGGAUUCACUGUCCACUCAUGUCCACUUGGACUUCCUGAUUGAGAAGAUGAAGGAGAAAGGAGACGCAAAGAAGGUGAAGAAACUGGAGGAGAUGAAGAGUCGAGUGAAUAAAGGAGUGGUGGGAGCGCUGCGCUACAAACGGACGGCAGCUGCCAGAGCAGCAAUGAAGAAAACCAACGCCUCGUGGAAAAACAAGCACAUCGUCUCUAAAAGUGAUCUGAUCCAGUCAGGAUCUCCUGCUGUCUACCAGCUGAGACCAAAGAAAGAGGAGAUUGGAUCUCUAAGAAGAAUGACUCUUGGUGAAAAAGAUCUGAACCAGACAAACAGAACCAUCUUACUUGUUGGAGAAACAGGAGCAGGAAAAUCUACUCUGGUCAACACUCUGGUCAACUACACCAUGGGAGUGAAGUGGGAGGAUGAUGUCUGGUUUCAGAUUGUAGAGGAGGAGAAGAGAAACCAAUCAGAGAGUCAGACAUCAGAUGUGUUUGUGUACCAGAUCUUUGGAUGUGAAGGUAAAACUCUGCCCUACUCUCUGACCAUCAUCGACACUCCUGGAUAUGAAUAUAACAGAGGUACCGAACAAGAAGACGUCAUCAGUCAAAGAUUAUUUGACUUGUUCCGCUCAGAUGAUGGAGUUCAUGAGAUUAAUGCAGUGGGUCUGGUGCUGAAAGCAACUGAGAAUCGACUGGAUGAUCGACUGAUGUACAUCUUUGAUUCAGUGGUGUCUCUGUUUGGAAAAAACAUGGAGCAGAACAUCGUCGCCCUCAUCACACACUCAGAUGGUCUGAUGCCUGAAAACUCUCUGAAAGCUCUCAAGGCUGCAAACAUUAAAUGUGCCAAAGAUGAAAAUAAUCAGCCGGUUCACUUCCUGUUUGAUAACUGCCAGAGCGAACAGAAAACACAGAGAAAUCAGGACCGUUUGAAAAGCUCAUGGGACUUAACAUCAGAUGAAAUGGGUCAGUUCACUGACUUUUUGGACGAAGCUGCUCCUCAGAAGCUGAUGACAACUGUUGAAGUGUUGAACACACGAAUCAGACUGAAAGCCUGCAUCCAAAACCUGCAGGAGAGGAUCGAGCUGACGGAGCUGAAACAGAGAGAAAUCCAACAGACUCACGAUGGUCUGAAGAAACAUGAAGAGGAGAUGAAGAACAAUGAGAACUUCACGUUAGAAAUCGAUGUGCCCUAUAGGGAAAAAGAAAGUUGUAAGAAAGGAGCGACCUGCUGUAAAGUCUGUAAGGAGAACUGCCACGACCCGUGCACACUGGCUCUGAGUCCAAAAUGGUGUGAUGUCAUGAAAAAAGGCGGCUGCAUCGUGUGCACCAGGAAGUGUCCUGUGUCAGAUCACGAGAAAGAAAAGAAGGUCUACGUGAACAAGACAGUGAAAGUUCAGAUGGACCUGAAAGAUGUGAGAGAAAAGUAUGAACGGAGUAAAGCCAACUGUGAGAAGACAACAAGCCUUCUGGAAACUCUGGAGAAGGAAAUGAAAGAAGUGACAGCGGCCAAGUAUCAGAUGUUGGAUGAAUCCUUCCAUCAUGUUGUCAAUCUGCAGCAGAUCGCUCUGACUGUGGAUUCACUGUCCACUCUGGUCCACUUGGACUUCCUGAUUGAGAAGAUGGAGGAGAAAGGAGACACAGAGAAGAUCCAGAAACUGGAGGAGAUGAAGAGACGAGUGGAUGAAAGAACCAGAGCAGCUGAUGAAGAAGCAGAUGAGUGAGAGACGACAGCCGUGUAGGAAACAGCUGAACACUGCUGACAACUAAAGGUUGUAUAAUGUUUUUAUAACGUAUUUCUGUAACGUGGCUGUAACUCACUACAUGAGAGAAUUAACAUGUAAUCACUUGUUUAAUGUGUAGUUGGAGACAGCGCCCUCUGUGGUCUGUCACCUGUUUGAUCAUUUACAUUGAUCCAGUAAUCAAUAGUUACUCCACUGUCAGAUGAGCAGCAGUGUGAGCUGAGUCAUCAUGUUCUGGUGCUGAGAACAGUUCUGGACUGAAGACGCCUCCUGCUGGUUAAUGUUGGGUACAACAGCUGCUCCUGUAUCACAAACUGAACUCAGUCACAUCCCACAGCUGCUUCGGUGGGCAAAUUGCUGUUAUAAUCAUGUUUCUCUCCAAUAUAAUCAGGCUUCUGCUCACAUGUUUCUGCUCCUGCUGGUCUGAAUAGAUGUGUCUUAUAUAUCCACCAUGAUAUUAUAAUGUUGAAGUUGUUGUGAAACUAAAUAGAAGUAAAGUGAUGAUAAAGGAGUUCAGCCUGGAGGGGUUAAAGCUCUUCCUGUGUGUUGUGACGGUGUUAAUAACAGCAGGAUGUUUGUGUGGAGGAGUUUAAGCUGCAGCUGCUGGAUGUUUGACACUUUGUCACAUUUGGAUGAGAGAAGAACAAAGUGUCUUUAGACAAGAACAUGUAACGACCAAGUAAAGAAAGGUCGAUAACAGCUGGAGUGAAACCAUCUGCAUCCUGUUGUUGCUGCAGUUAAUGUGUGUUAUCUCAAAGUGCUGUAAGAACUGAGGAGAGACUGCUUCUCUUCACUCAUAUCUCUGUGAUGAUGCUGCUGCUCUGGCUUUAAUUACAUAAUAAAGAUUAACUGACAAUCUGAAUAUUGUGUCAUCUAGUA